AUGAAUAAAGUAUAUAAUAUUAAAGAAUAUAUAGCAUCAUUUCAAUUACAAAUACUUUUAGAAUUAGUUGAAAGUAUUAGUAAAUUAGAAAAUUUAAAUGACAAGACACCUUCACAAAUACAAUGUAUUGAAAAGAAAUUAACUUUUAUUAAACAUAAAUGUCCUAUUCUACCUACUACUACUAUUAUUAGAUCUAAUAUUAAUAAUAAUAAUACUACUAAUAAUAAUAAUAAUAAUAAUAAUAAUGGAGGAGGUAACAAUGUUGAACAACAACAACAACAACAACAUCAUUCUAAAGGAUUUAAACAAGUUAUUAUUCAUAAAGAAAAUGAAGAUCAUGAUUUAAUUACAGAUUUUGAUGAUUAUAAUAAGAAACAUUCAUUAUUAUCAUUAACUGAAGAAGGACAAGAAUCAGCACUUGCAUUAGCCUACUUUUUAACUAGAUGUAAAUCAUCUUCAUCAUCUUUACAAUAUUGUGAACAAAUAUUACCAUUAUUAAUUGGUAUUGUUAAUCAUUUACCACAUUGUAAAUGGAAUCAAAAAACUAAAAUUACAGGUGAAUAUUUCUCUUAUCAUUUAAUUUCUUUAUUGAGAGAUAUUUCUUAUUCACACGUUGAAUAUUCACAACAAAUUACAAAUUCUCUAAUUAAUAUUUGUUUAAAUGAAUGUUAUUUAAUUAUGAAAUCAUAUGAAUCUAAAUUUAUAUUUGAUAGUGAUAAUACAGCACGUGUAUUAUAUGGAGUAUUUAAAGGAUUAUCAGAAGGAUUACCUUCUCAAAUGAGUAAUGAACAAUAUAAAAUAAAAAUGAUAAAAGAAAUGAUAAAUUGUAUUGAAAAGAUUUGUAAAAUUGAAAAUUCAGAAUAUAUUUCAUUAAGUGUUAAAACAUUACGUGAAUUUAUUGAAGAAUCUAAUGAAAAAUCUGAACAUUUAAUUGAAUAUAUUACAAAAUGUAUUUCAAAUAUAUUAAUUUAUGAUUUUAAUAAGAGAGGUAUUUUAAAUACAUCAAGUGCAGUAUUUGCAAUUUCUAAUAAUAUUUAUUUAAAUCCAGAUGAUUCUAUUAAAAAUAAUAGAAGAGUUACUUUAUUAGGUAAUAUUGCAACUGAAAUUGAUCAUAAUCCAAUUACAGAUUCAAUUUUACCUGUUUUAUCAGGACAAUUAACUAAAAAGAGAUCAAUGGGUAAAUUAGAUAAUUUAUCAUUAAGAGCAUUAUCACAUUUAAUUGAUUUAGGUGGUGAAAUUCAAAUUAUGAAAGAAUCAAAUGAAAAGAAAAAAGAUAUGUUAAAACAUAUUGCUGUUUUAUUACCUGCUGUUGCUACUUUAAUUAAAUCUAUUAAUAAUAAUAAUAAUAAUAAUAAUAAUAAUAAUAUAAAUAAUUUAAAUUUAAAUAAUAAUAAUAAUUUAAAUAAUAAUUUAAAUUUAUUUAGAAUGAUGUGGUUUUAUAUAAUUAUAUUUAAAUUUAAUAAUCCAAAUGAAUUUAAUGAUGAAACAUUUGAAUCAUGUCAAAUUAUUGGAAUGAAUGGUCCAAUUUUAUUAAAUUCUAAUAUUCAUACGUUUAUGGAAAUUAAUAAGGAAAUUGAAGUAAUUUUAGAUUCUAAAAAUAUAUUACAAGAAGAAAAGACAUAUUUUACACAACAAUUAGAAUCUUAUAUUAAUCAUGGUAAAGAUAUACUUGUUAAUCCUUCCAUUUUAAGACAAUUAACAAUUGAAGAAGUAAUAUUUUUAAUUUCAAUGUAUAAUUUAGAAUUAUUUAGAGCACUAAAUACAACAUUACAAUCAUUAUUAAGAAGAAUAUUUGAACAAUGGUUAUUAAUUUAUAUUAAAUCUCAACCUCAACAAUCUCAAUUACAAUCACAAUUACAAUAUCAACAAUCACAAUAUCAACAAUCAAGAGAUGAAAUGAAUCAUAUAUUAGCACAAGAAACUAUUUAUUUAUUUAAAAUGUGUAUUCAUAGAUUAGAUAUUGUUAGACAAAUGGCACAUCAAUUCAUUAUUAUGAUUAUUAAAUCAUUUCCAUCCAUGUAUUGGA